GAACAUAAUCUUAGGCAUCCCACAUUAAUCUCCAAUCAAAUUCUCCCCAAAAGCUUCCUCCACCGUCUCUUAAGUUAUAUUGCAAAAUGGCCAAUUUUAAGCUUCUAUCUGUGCUUUUGGCUAUCCUUGUCAUUUCCAUGCUUGCCACUGAGGCUUUGGCAGUGAACAAUUAUGGGAAUAAUAGUUUGAAACCUUACCAAUGCCAAGGACGAUGCGUACAAAGGUGCUCCAAGGCUAGAAAAACCCACGAAUGCAUGUUUUUCUGUUUGAAGUGCUGCAAAAAGUGCCUUUGUGUACCACCGGGUACCUACGCUAACAAAGAAGUAUGCCCUUGUUACAACAACUGGAAGACCAAGAGGAAUACCUCCAAGUGCCCUUAAUUGCAUCUAAUAUCCUCUUCUUGAAAAUAAUUCUGUCCCUAAAAUUAUGAGGCGGAAGGUUUAUUGUCUAUGCUUGUACUACUACUACUACUUUGUUCUUACGUUGAGGAAUAGUACUAAGUUUUUGGUACUAGAAUAUGUAUGCUCGUGCUAUUAUUUGGAAUUAAGGUUAUUAUUGAGUUGUAAUUUGUGAGUCCUUACUUUUUUUUUUUUUUUUUUUUUGAGGGGUUGUGAGUCCUUACUUCAUCGGCUAAUUUUCCAGCCUUUCAUUGGAAUGAGGUCUAAAGAGUUGUUAUAAGCCCAACAAUUGAGAGUUGUCACUAGGUAAUACUCUAGUGUUAGGGAAUUAAUUAUGUGUAUUUAUAUUUGGAAAUGCUUGAUAUAAAUUUAUAAUGAAGAUUUUUGCAAUUUCAGGCA